GUAGUUGUUGUUAGACGUGUCAGAUUUUUCGUUUUACGUCAAAAUUUAAAAUUUUUUCCCAAUUAUUUUCGAUUUUUUAAGUUUUUUUCAAUGCCAAAAGCAAAGGAACGGCUUCGCAGCUUAUUCCGCAGGAACAAAAAGCGUAAUCGUCCUACAACAUAUCCUAAGGACGAGGAGAAAAAAGAAGAGGAGCCAGCUAAUCAGGAGGAGUCUGCAGAGCCCAGUAAGAAGGAUGAAAUGGAGAUAAUGCCCAAUCCUCCGGAAGAGGGAGAAAUGCCCUCGUACUUCCACGUGGGCGCCUUGGCAAAGGACCUUCUUAUCACCGGUUUCAAAAUCGGCGCCUGGAAAGUGGAGUGCAACACGAGGACGGACAAUGACUACUACCUGAGCACCUUCGGCGAGGGAUAUCCCACCAUGGAUUCCGUCUUUGGAGGAAUCGAGGUGUUCAAGGAAAUUGAUAACUAUAAUAUGUCCCUUGGCUGGUUCACCAACAAAGAAAUUGUGUCGGAGAUUGGAGUGCAUGGCAUCAACUUUGAAAGUCGGUGGUACGCGCUCUUGAAGUCGACAAUUGGCACAAAAGACGGAGUGACUUUUAAAACCAAGCUGAAGUGUGGCUUUGAGCGAAAUCCUGUGAAAGUGGAGCUGGUGGUACCCGUUUACAAAGAACCCCUUUUCUUGGGCUACGUCGUGGUUACUCCAGUCGAAAAUUGGCUUCUGGGAUAUCGGGCAGCUUACAACCUGGACGAUAAAGGUUUCGAUAAGCACGCUUUUUGUUUGGGCUAUAACAAUGGAAGGACCGAAGUGGGCCUGAAACUUGAGAAUUUCGAGGACCUGCGAGGAUCGAUAUUUCAACGGAUUGGCGAAAGGUGGGCCUUUGCUAUAAAGUCGAACCUUUACAGUUCUGAAAAUGUCAAACAGUUUGCGUUUGGCAUUGAGUACGACUUCCAGAAUGGAACGUUGGUGAAGGCCAAAGUGCGCGAGGACUCAAGAACAGGGUUUGUCUAUCAAACCAAAAUGGGCGAAAACAUUGAUGUCAUGUAUCACCUGGCUUUUGAUGGCGUAGACCCUGUUGGUGGAGCUCAUAGGAUAGGUGUUUCCUGGGACUUUCACUGUUAGAGAAAUAUUUAAAAGGCUUAUAUCGAAACUUUGAGACUUUGUUAGUA